AUGGCAGUGUCUCAAAAUGAUAAGAAUACAAGGAUUGCUCAAAAGGCUAUUGAAAUGGUCGAUAACGCGUAUGGUAAGUCCCAUAAAGUAACCCCUAAACCGUAUGCUCCUAGUGACGAGUUCACUUCUCGUUUUAACCAAAAUUCCUACAAAUAUGGUGGUCCAAGAAUUUAUACCGUAAAAGAGACCACUAGUACUAUUACUGCUCGCCAAGUCCUUUAUCAGAACUCAAAUGAGUCAACUAUACUAAAACCGGUUGAUUAUCGCCCUCAAUACUUUGGUGGUACCAGUCCUUAUAUUGGCCUUGCUGACCGGUUCGAGAAGCAGAAAGAACGAGCUAUUAGCUGCGACGAGGCGUUCCAGCGUUAUGGAGGGGUGCUUAUAAAGGAAUUUCGCAAAUAA